AUGGUAGCGCGCUACGACCCCCUCACCCACACGGUGGACGACCGCUCGCUCAACGCCUGCCUGCUGCCGCUCGCCUCGCUGCACCUCGCUGCCGUCACCACCGCUGAGGGCCUCUGCCUCUCGCCACCACCUCCCCACACGGAGUCCCCUCCAGGGACAGGUGCAUCCCCUGGUGCAUCCCCUGGUGCAUCCCCUGGUGCAUCCCCUGGUGCAUGGCAGGGCGCGGAUACAGGUGCAGCUGACGGCGCAUCUUUCAACCCAGCGUCACAGCAGCAGCAGCAGCGCGACCCGCACAGCUGCUACCAGGGCGGGCGGCCACUGACACCCCAUGCGGUGCAGCAGCGGCUGGCGGGGUUCCACGCGUCGCAGUGUGGCUUCUGCACUCCCGGCGUCGCCAUCGCCCUCUAUGCCGCCCUCCGCCGCCACCGCUCCCCCGCUGCUGCUGGUGAGCAUGCUAGUGUUGGUGCUGCGGCUGCGGCUGCGGCUGCUGGUGCUGUAGCUAGUGGUGGGGUGGAGGUGGUGGCAGGGCUGACGGAGGAGGAGGCGGAGCAGGCGAUGGCGGGCAACCUGUGUCGCUGCACGGGGUACCGCCCCAUCCUUGACGCCUGCAAGAGCUUUGCUGGGCGCCGCACUAGCAGCGCAGCUGCACGUACAGGCAGUGCAGCAAGCGCUGCAGCGGGGGUGAUGGACCUUGAGGAGCUGGGGUCGUGUGCUGGUGGGCGUGGUGCUGCAGCGGUAGGGGCACGGGCGUGCAGGGUGGUGGGGCUCAGCGAGUUCGCCCCUGCUACACCUGCUGCGGCGCCAGGGAAGGGGGGCGCAGUGGCGCAGCAUGGCUCUCAAAGCAGCAAUCCGUGCAGCGCUGAGUGCAGCGGGAUGUGCAGCGUGCGUGGCAAACCCCUCCCCCGCUACAACCCCCUCUGUGACCCGCCCUUCCCCGCAUGGCUCAAGCGGGAGGCCCAGCAACACGCCAAUCCAUGGCAGGGGCGCGCAGGAAGGGCAACAGAUGACGUGGCAGGCGAGAUGCUGGUGUGGGAGCACUGGGAGGACGCAGGGGUGGGGCUGGAGCAGGAGCGGGGUUGUAGCGCGGAAGGGGGGCUGGAGGGACAAGCAGACGCAGUGGACGUGGCAGGUGACGGCAGUGAUGGUGCUGGUGGCAACAGUGCAAGAGGUGGUGCAGAGGAAGCAGCGGGACAGCAGGGGAAGGGGCGGAGGAGAGGGAGCAGGAAGGUGACGUGGGUGGCGCCCAGGAGUCUAGAGGAGCUGAGAACGGUGCUGCUGAGGGGAAGGAACGAAGGGAGUGGUGGUGAGGGGAGGGGAGCAGGCGAGGAGGGAGGAGCAGGCGGAAGCAGCAGGGAAGAGGAAGAGGGUGGGCGAGGAGCAGGAGCGAUCUCCCACGGCGAUUGUGAGGGUGAGUGGGGCGAGGUGCGGCUGGUGGCGGGCAGCACGGCGGCGGGCGUGUAUCCUGACCUGGCGCGCUGUGACGCCAUGGCUCAUGUCACUCUCGUGGACGUCAAGGGCGUGCUGGAGCUGCAGCGUGUGGCGUGGGAGGAGGGGCCUGCCGGGGAGGACGGUGAGGGGGGCGAGAGGGGAGAGGUGAGGAAGGAGCGUGUGAUGGGGAUAAGGUUCGGUGCGGCUGUGACUCUAUCGGAUGUCAUUGCAGUGCUGGAGGCCGUGGCAGGGAAGGGCGACGGUGGUUUCGCCAGCGCAGAAUACAGAGGCCCUCCGAUUCACGGCUGGGAUGAUGCCAAGGGGGCAGCACCACCAGCACCAGCAGCUGCAUCAGCGGCGGCGGCAGCAGCAAAACCAGUGUUGGGGCGAGUGGCAGCCCAUGUGAGGAGGGUGGCGGGGCCGCAUGUACGCAACGCUGCCAGCAUCGGAGGCAACCUCGUGCUCGCUGCCUCUCGCCGCGCCUUCCCCUCUGACGUCGCCACUCUGCUGCUCGCCCUCUGUGCCUCCGUGCGCACUGCCACUCCCUCUCCCGCCCCCCCUGCCUCUGCUUCUCUCACAGGCAGCCUGGGGCGCAGCAGCAGCGUGCUGGGUUCAAGAAGCGCAGCAGGCACCGAUGGGUGGGUGUGGGAGGAGCUCCCACUCGAGGAAUUUCUUCACCGCUCCCCACUCCCUCCCACCACUCUCCUGCACUCCAAUCCAGCAACACGCCAAUCCAUGGCAGGGGCGCGCAGGAAGGGCAACAGAUGA